CGGCCCCGCGCGGAGCGGAGCGGUGCGGGGCGGCGGCGGCGGAGCGGGGCGGGGGCGGUGGCCCCGCAGACCCCCCCCACGCCGAGGAUGCGCGCUGCCGCCCCACAGCAGUGGGGAGCUGCAAGCUGAGCCACUGCUGCCUGCCCCCCCCCCAUCCCCACCCCUGCCACCUCCACGAUGUCCUUCUUCGCUGAGCACUUUUGGGGCGAGAAAAACCACGGCUUUGAUGUGCUGUACCACAACAUGAAGCACGGGCAGACCUCCACCAAGGAGCUGGCGGACUUUGUGCGCGAGAGGGCUGCCAUCGAGGAGAGCUACGCCAAAGCCAUGGUGAAGCUGUCGAAAAUGGCCACCAACGGCACCCAGCUGGGGACCUUCGCCCCGCUCUGGGAGGUGUUCCGUGUCUCCUCUGACAAAUUGGCUCUGUGUCACUUGGAGUUGGUGCGAAAACUGCAGGAGCUGCUCCGGGAGCUGUCGCGCUAUGGGGAGGAGCAGGGCCGGGCACACAAAAAGUGCAAGGAGGAGGCUGCAGGCACGCUGGAGGCGGUGCAGCUCCUGCAGGGGGUGGCUCAGCUGCUGGCCAAGUGCAAGGAGAGCUACCACAGCAAAUGCCACGAGCACGAGAGGCUGCGCCGGGAGGGCACCAACCAGAAAGACAUCGACAAGGCAGAGCUGAAGUCCCAGAAGGCAGCAGAAGCCCUGCGGCGCGCGGUGGACAAAUACAACAGCGCCCGCAAUGACUUCGAGCAGAGGAUGGUGGAGUCGGCCACGCGCUUCCAGGAGGUGGAAGAAGCCCACCUGCGCCACAUGAAGGGCCUCAUCGGCUCCUACUCGCACUCGGUGGAGGACACCCACGUGCAGAUCGGGCAGGUUCACGAGGAGUUCAAGCAGAACGUGGAGAACAUCGGCACCGAAACGCUGCUGCGGAGGUUUGCAGAGAGCAAAGGGACGGGGAGGGAGCGCCCAGGCGCGCUGGAUUUUGAGGAGUACCGCCUGGCCCCAGCGCAGGAAGGGCCCAAGAGGAGCCGCAGCAAAGCCUUCCGCAUCCCCGGGCUGAGCCGCAAGGAGAGAGAGCGCGAAGCUGGGGAAUCCCCGGACACCGAUGUGGCUUGCCCCGAGGUGGAUGAGGACGGGUUCAGCGUGCGCCCAGACGUCGCUCACACGGAGGCGGAGCAUCACAGCUGCUCCUCCAGCGACUCGGACUACGACGAGGAUGAGCCCCGCAGGUUCCACGUGCACAUCAAACCCGUGCAGCCCCGCGAGGGGGGGAGCAGCGCCGGGGCCACCGUGGAGCAGCUGAGGGCCACCGUGGGAACCUUCAUCCUGCCGCCCGGCGUGGGGGGCACCGUCAGACGGCAGUCGUCACGGCACACAGCGGCUCUGUCCGCAGCCCCGAGCGCCGCCGACCCUGGGGGGCCUCAGGUGCCAGGUGAGGCCGUGCUGGGCUCCUGCCGUCCUGGGGGUCCCGGUGUCCCCUCUCCCUCCAUGUCCCCAAUCACAUUUCUCUUUGCAGGUGACAGCAUGGGGAGAGGACACGCGGUGACACAGGCAAGCAGCUGCCCUGGGAAGGCUCCGGUGGACGCGGUGCCCCCCAUGGAGGCGGUGCCCCCCGCAGCGCUCUUCGGGCCCCCCCUGGAAUCAGCUUUUGAGGCGGAGGAUUUCCCGGCGCCCCGUUCCUACGUCCUGACCUCCUCCUCCUCGCCCUUCUCCUCUUCUUCCCCGGAAAACGUGGAGGAUUCGGGUUUGGAUUCCCCCUCGCACCCUGCGCCCGUCCCCUCACCGGACUCGAGGCCGUGGACUCCAUCGGCACCUCAGAGCCCCCUCCCCAAGCGGGGGGCACUGCCGGACCCCUCCCCGGCACCAUCCUCAGCCUGGGCCCCCCCCCGACCCCGCAGCCCCGGGGGUCGCCUGCCUGAGCUGCCCGGCUUUGCCGUGUUCCCCGGGGCUGAGGGGCUCUGGGAGGAGGGGGAUGUGGGGGGUGCGGCGUCCCGGGGGCGCCCCCGUGGCACUGCCCCCCCCCUGCAGCCCCCCUCGCCCGACCCUUUUGGGGAGCCCUGGGUCCGGCCCCGCAGUCCCCCUGGGGAGCGACACCCCCAGCCUCGACCUUCCUCCAACUCGGCCUCAUCCUCCUCCUCCUCCCCGGCCCCCCCAAGCGGGGGGGAGUCCUCCAGCCCCUCCCCAUGGACGUGCCCAGGGCUGGGGAUGAGGACGUCUGAGGGUGGCACUGCGACGGCCCCCCCUGAAUUGGCUGCCCGCCCCCCCGCCGCCGCCCCCCGCGAGGUCCCACUGGUGGCCCCCCCUCGCCGCUCCCGGACGAAGCGCCCGACAGCCGGCCCAGCUGCAGGCAGCAACAGUGACCUGUCGCGCUCGCUCAGCCCCCCGCCCUCCUGGAGCUGCCCCUCGCAUUCAGCCCCCGCCAGCCUGGGGGAGCGCGGCUUUUUCUCCGUGUGCCCACCGCCCCUCGGGCUGUCGCGGGGUCCCAGCCCCGUGGUGCUGGGCUCGCAGGACGCGCUGCCCGUGGCCACCGCCUUCACCGAAUACGUGCAUGCCUACUUCAAGGGGCGAGAUGCCGACAGCUGCUUGGUGAAGGUGACGGGGGAGCUCACCAUGUCCUUCCCCGCCGGCAUCGUGCGCGUCUUCAGCGGCAGCUUGGCCCCCCCCGUGCUCAGCUUCCGUCUGCUCAACGCCGGUGCCAUCGAGCAAUUCCUGCCCAACGCCGAGCUGCUCUACAGCGACCCAUCCCAGAGCGACCCCAGCACCAGGGACUUCUGGCUGAACAUGGCUGCGCUGACGGGGCAGCUGCAGAAACAAGCAGAGCAGAGCCCAUCCGCCUCCUACUACAACGUGGCUCUGCUCAAGUACCAGUUUUCCCGGCUGGGUCCCAGCUCAGCCCCACUGCGGCUGUGUGUGCGCUGGGACUGCGCGCCCGGAGCCACGCGGGUCAGUGUGGAGUACGGCUACAACGCGGGGGCGCUCGCCCUGCCUGUGCCCCUCGCCAACGUCCACGUGCUGCUGCCCCUGGAUGAACCCGUCACCAACGUGCGGCUGCAGCCCAAGGCCAGCUGGAACCUGGAGGAGAAGAGGUUGCUCUGGAAGCUGCUGGAUGUCCCCAGCGCGCCAGGGCAGGGAGGCUGCGGGCGGCUCUCAGCCAGCUGGCAGCCGCUUUGUGGGCCCAGCAAGCCCAGCCCGGUGGCAGCACAGUUCAGCAGUGAGGGCAGCACGCUGUCGGGCGUCGAGGUGGAGCUGGCAGGCGCUGGGUACCGCAUGUCGCUGGUCAAGAAGAGGUUCGCCACGGGGAUCUACCUGGCGGGGUCCUGAGCUGCCUCUACUCGGACCCCCGGACCUCCCCUUGGUUGUGUGAGCUCAAAGCACUGGAUGGAGCCUGGUUGGAGGGGGUGCCUUCCUCCUCCUCCUCACUCCUCUUCCUCCCCCCCGCUCCCCUUCCUCCCCAUAGCCAUAACUGCGUCAUCUCCUGCUGUAAGGGAUGGACC